AAACGCUCACGGUGACGGUGCCCAACUCAUAAGCAAAUUCAAUUCCUUUAGAACCUCUCGAACCUCUCGAACCUCUCAUACGCAAAUUCGUCAGUCAUACGCAAAUUCCAAAGCUCGAAUUGCAGAAGCUCGUUCCAGAGCAUACAAUGAAGCAGUCACAAGAUCCGUUUGAAGCAGCAUUUGUAGAGCAAGAGGAAUCGCCACCGGAGUCUCCAGUUGCAGCUAACGAUGUCGAAAAUCGAAAUGCUGAUGCGUCUGUAAACGACACUAAUCAACCUGAGGACGAGAUGGGUCUUGAUGUUGUAGCUCAUCCUAAUGUAGUGUCAACUUCAGCUGCUCCUCUUACUUCUGCUAGGACCACUCAGCUCAAUAACAAGAAUAAAGAUGAAGACGACGAAGAGGAGGAAGAUAACAUGGAUGUUGAGCUUGGGAAGUUGUCAUCUAGUGGUGAUCCUGAUAAAAUGGCCAUUAUGCAGACCAUCUUAUCUCAGUUUACGGAGGAACAAAUGAGCAGAUAUGAAUCUUUUCGGAGGUCUGGUUUCCAGAAAUCCAACAUGAAAAGGUUACUAGUAAGCCUUACAGGCAGUCAGAAGAUAUCUAUACCUAUGACCAUUGUGGUGUCUGGAAUCGCAAAAAUGUUUGUGGGGGAGCUUAUUGAGACAGCCAAAUUAGUUAUGGCCGAAAGAAAGGACUCUGGACCUAUCAGACCAUGCCACAUAAGAGAAUCGUAUAGAAGGCUGAAGCUUGAAGGCAAAGUACCCAAGAAAUCAGUUUCGAGGCUCUUCCGCUGAUUAGUGUUUUCCCUGUGGCAACCGUGUAAAUCCUUGUGUUAAUUUCCAUCAUUGAUUCAUGAUUAUAUUUCUCCUGUAGUUGAAAUUUUUUAUUUUUAGAUAUAUGAUGAAGGUUGAAUCCUAAUGCA